AUGGAUAGCGCUGCGCAAUCAGUCACAAUUUUAAACUUGAGUCACGAAGACGGCAAAAUGCAUCCUAUUUUGCCGUCUUCACCUUUUUGCAAAAGUUUGGAUCACGAAUACGGAAAACAAAGAGUUUGGGGAACAAUAGGUUUCGGUUCGACCGCCUUAAUAUCCGGUUACAUCGUCAAUCUUUUCUCCACCAACGCAAUAUCUUACAAACCAGCAAUAAUCUGCAUGUUAAUUUUUGUUUUAUUCGAUUUAAUAGCUUGUUUUAAGUUAAAGCUCCCUGUAAUCGAAUCACCCAAAAACAUCUUCAGAGAUUUAGGUCGCUUACUAAACAACAGCGAUACCAUCGUAUUCAUAUCUUUUUCUGUUUGUGCUGGAGUAGUCGAUGGAUUUAUAGUGUUCUUCUUAUUUUGGUAUCUCGAGGAUUUAGCCCUAGCAAGCGGUACAUUGAAUAUUAAAUUAAUCGAAGGGUUAACGGUAGCGGCUGAAACUUUAAUUGGAGAGGUGGUCUUCUUUUAUAUCGGGGGUUUAAUUUUGGAACGUUUCGGGCACACAAAAACAUUCACCAUGUGCUUUAUUUUUUACGCAUUACGCUUGGGAUUAAUUUCAAUCGUUCCAAACCCUUGGUGGAUAUUAUUAAUUGAAUGCUUUAUGCAAGGCCCCACUUACGCAUUAACAUAUACGACUAUUGUGGAAUACGCAAAUGUUAUAGCCCCGCCUGGAAUGAGUGCCACUUUACAAGGAAUUGCUGCUGGGAUGGAUGACGGUUUUGGAUAUGCUAUUGGAGGGAUUUUAGGAGGGGUUAUUUAUAAAUAUUUGGGUGGUAGAUAUACGUUCCAAAUUUUCAGCACUUUCGCGUUAUUAUGCAGCUUAAUACACGUUAUUUUACAUAAAACCAUCUUAAAGAGUCAUUUUGACGAAGACGACCGAAAGGAUGUUGUUUAUCAUGUAACUGAACAAUCUAAUUUAAUGACAGAAAAUAAUCAAAAAAAAUUGGAACAUAAUACACAAAAUGUUCAAGAAAAUCAACAAAAAGAUCUUCAAAAUGUUCAAAAACUGGAACAAGUCACGUAA